AUGUUCAGGACGCAGCUGGCAACCUCCAGAGUCAUCUCUCGUCGUCUCUACAGCUCGAGAGCGACCCAGUCAUCAGUUUACGCAUGCUCGCGAGGUCUCCUCAGGAACUGUUCGCGGACAGCGCAACCGACGCACCUUAGACCAACAGGUGUCAGCCGGGUCUCCUGCAGGGGAUAUGCAGAUGCUGCUGCGUCGAAGUUCUCGCGGGCGAAACCUCAUCUCAAUAUCGGCACAAUCGGUCACGUCGACCAUGGCAAGACCACCUUGACGGCUGCUAUCACCAAGGUUCUUGCGGAGCGCGGCGGCGCCAAGUUCACCGACUACGCCGAUAUUGACAAGGCGCCAGAAGAGAAAGCUCGUGGUAUCACUAUCAACUCCAGUCAUGUCGAAUACGAGAGCGACACACGGCACUACGGCCACAUUGACUGCCCCGGGCACGCUGAUUGCACCACAGACAUCAAGAACAUGAUCACUGGAGCCGCCCAGAUGGACGGUGCUAUCAUUGUCGUCUCUGCGACUGAUGGCCAGAUGCCUCAGACACGAGAGCACUUGCUCCUUGCCCGUCAAGUCGGUAUCCAGAAGCUCGUGGUCUUCAUAAACAAGGUCGACCAGAUCCAGGACCAGGAGAUGCUUGAGCUGGUGGAUAUGGAGAUGCGUGACCUCCUAUCGACCUACAACUUCGACGGCGAGAACACUCCCAUUAUCAUGGGCUCUGCUCUGGCUACUCUGGAGGGCCGCAAUCCCGAGACUGGCGCUGAGAAGAUUGUCGAGCUUGUCCAAGCUUGUGACGAAUGGCUUGAGAUUCCUCCUCGUGACCUCGACAAGCCGUUCCUUCUGCCUGUAGAGGAUGUAUUCUCUAUCUCAGGUCGUGGCACUGUUGCAACCGGCCGUGCUGAGCGUGGGGUAUGCCUCAAGGGUGACGAGGUCCAGAUCAUUGGGUUGGGUGAGAACUUCAAGACCACCUUGACCGGCAUUGAGAUGUUCCACAAGGAGCUUGAUCGCGGUGAGGCCGGUGACAACAUGGGUGCCCUCCUUCGUGGCGUCAAGCGUGAGCAGAUUCGCCGUGGACAAGUCAUCGCUGCUCCUGGUAGCAUCAAGGCCGUCAAGAAGUUCCAGGCCCAGAUCUAUGUUUUGACCAAAGACGAAGGCGGACGGUACACACCUUUCAUGGACAACUACCGCCCACAGCUCUUCGUGCGUACUGCGGACGUGACGUGCGGUCUCCACUGGCCUGAGGGCACUGCUGAUGCGGCCGAAAAAAUGGUCAUGCCCGGUGAUAAUGUCGAGAUGGUCUGCGACUUGAUGCACGAUGUUGCAGCAGAGAUUGGUACCCGUUUCACUCUUCGUGAAGGGGGCAAGACUGUCGGCACCGGUAUUGUGACGGAGAUCUUGACGUUCGCGUAG